GGAGGACACAUUAACCCAGCUGUGACAUUUGGGCUCUUCUUGGCUAGAAAAGUGUCAUUGGUGAGAGCAGUUAUGUACAUAGUAGCACAAUGCUUAGGAGCAAUUUGUGGUUGUGGCUUAGUUAAAUCAUUCCAAAAGGCUUAUUAUGUUAAGUACGGUGGUGGAGCUAAUGAACUUGCUGAUGGUUACAACACUGCCACUGGAUUAGGUGCUGAGAUUAUUGGCACUUUUGUCCUUGUUUACACUGUCUUUUCUGCCACUGAUCCUAAGAGAAAUGCCAGAGAUUCUCAUGUUCCUGUGUUGGCACCACUUCCAAUUGGAUUUGCUGUAUUCAUGGUUCAUUUGGCCACUAUUCCAAUCACUGGAACUGGUAUUAACCCAGCCAGAAGUUUUGGAGCUGCAGUCAUUUAUGGCAAAGAAAAAUCAUGGGAUGACCAAUGGAUUUUUUGGGUUGGACCUUUUAUUGGUGCUGCAAUUGCUGCAUUAUAUCACCAAUUUAUUUUGAGAGCUGGAGCUGCUAAAGCACUUGGAUCACACAGAAGCAAUGCUUAAUGAUAAACUAAUCUGCAUGAAUUUAUAAGCUCUAUUAUUGGCACUUAAUUUUAAAUGUGCCAAAUAUUGUAAUUCCUUCUUGUUUGGUUGUCUUUAUUUUUUUCUUCUUAUUUUGGUUUCCUAAUUUCUCUUGUAAAUUUCCUCCUCCUGGCUUGAGCAUCAAAAUAAUGGACUGAAGAAACUGUGUUCUA